CAGACGGGAAUGUUGCCGCUGUCAAUGAUGUGUGUGCUAUCCCAGAACUCCCUUGUGAACACUGACGAUUAGUAUUUACGUGAAGGUAAUCUGGCCACUAUCUUACCGAGAUUAGAUCAACGAUCAUUUAUCGACAAGGAUGUCAAACACCAAUUGUUUAGUAAUGCCAAUGACUGACGGCAUCACCAGCUCCUAUUACACUGCUAUGUUUAGCCGCGGAGCGUUGACGCUAUCGAUCUUCAUUUGACGAUUAUCCACACCAUGCACAAACGAAUGUAGUUGACACACGUGCAUUUCUACGCCUUUCACCAAUCUACAGGUGCCUAAAAUUGUGUUACCCUUUCAUUAAAAUCUGUUGUAAUCUGUGAACCUAGAUGAAGAGGACAUUGCGCUACUGCUGCUCUGUCAGCGGCUGAAACCAGUAUGGCAUCCUGCAGUAGUAGCGCUGGCGUGUAGCAGGCAGAUCUGGGAAACCGCACACGGCUCUAACGCGCAUAGGUGUACUUCCACCUCCCCACACUAUACAUACAGCAUGACAGAUUUCAAAAAGAAAUAUGGCGUGUCAUCUUACUUGAAUGAAUAUGAACUUUAUCAUUGACUCCGACUAUAUCAGAGUGCUUUUACAGUUUUCACAGUAGCUUUAUGAGGAUGGCGACUAUCAUCUACUUGUGGACUAGUAAACCAUAUGAUUACCGUCGGGGAUGUAAUUAUUGAUGGUGUGCUCAUCGUUAUUGUCCAGUUCCUCAGCUGGAAUAUUUACACAAAUCAGGAAUUGUCACGGUACCAAGCUGCCAGCUGAUCGCUAUGAACACGGACACUGUGAUACUGACAGAUGAACAAGUAGCAGAAUUCAAGGAAGCAUUUACGCUGUUCGAUAAGGAUGGAGACGGAACGAUCACGACGAGCGAGCUAGGUACGGUGAUGCGAUCACUCGGACAGAACCCCACUGAGACUGAGCUCCAGGACAUGAUCAACGAGGUAGACGCGGAUGAGUUAACGUUUUACGGACCAAUACAGACCAACUGCUGUGGGCUAGGUAACGGCACAAUAGAUUUUGAAGAAUUCCUACAUAUGAUGGCGCGUAAGAUGAAAGAAACGGACAGCGAGGAGGAUCUUCGGGAAGCGUUUAGGGUAUUCGAUAAAGACGGAAAUGGUUUCAUCAGUGCCGCGGAACUACGUCACGUGAUGACGAAUUUAGGGGAAAAGCUGACAGACGAGGAGGUUGACGAGAUGAUAAAGGAGGCGGAUUUGGACGGUGACGGGAUGGUGAAUUAUGAAGAUUUUAUGGGCUAUACCACCGAUUUACUUACACAGAUAAAAAUUUGUUACCAUGAUGACAAUAAAAUGAAUUGCAGAGGUAAAAGUUUGGUCCAGGAGUAUGUUACGUAAUGGAGGAGUGGACCAUAUCACACAGCAUCAUUCCCUGAAUUGUGAUGACAUGAAAAGAUUCCAAUGGACUAGGGACUGAUAAACCUGAUGGAAAAGAUCCCCGGAUGUGAUCAUAUCACACAGUGACCUUGUCAUGUUGUUACAUGACAUUGGAUACACACAUUCAGAGGCCCCGAGGAAUUUAGAAGUUGUUAUCGAACAAGACAUGCGAGUCUGUUUGUAUUUGUGUUGUUUUAAGUUAUAUUUUAAAGUGACAUACGUGACAUAGAGACGCCUGUCUGAUUAUAUAGCGUAUAGACUGAAAGCCCGCACUGUUGGUGAGAUACGAGGGUAAUGGCGUACUACUCUAUGAGUGGCCCGCACUUUGGUAAGAUACGACGGUAACGGCGUACAACCCUAUGUGUGGCCCGCACUGUUGGUAAGAUACGACGGUUACGACGUACAACCCUAUGUGUGGCCCGCACUUUGGUAAGAUACGAAGGUAACGGCGUACAACCCUAUGUGUGGCCCGCACUGUUGGUAAUAUACGACGGUAACGGCGUACUACCCUAUGUGUGGCCCGCAUUGUUGGUAAGAUACGACGGUAACGGCGUACUAGCCUAUGUGUGGCCCGCACUGUUGGUAAGAUACGACGGUAACUACCCUAUGUGUGACCCGCACUGUUGGUACAAGUAAGAUACGACGAUAAGAGCGUACUACCCUAAGAGUGACCUGCACUGUUGGUAAGAUACGAGUAAGAGCGUAUUGCCCUAUGUGUGGCCCGCACUUUUGGUAAGAUACGACGGUAACGGCGUACUACCCUAUGUGUGGCACGCACUGUUGGUAAGAUACGACGGUAACGGCGUAUUACCCUAUAUGUGGCCCGCACUGUUGAUAAGAUACGAUAGUAACGGCGUACUAACCUAUGUGUGGCCCGCACUGUCGGUAAGAUACGACGGUAACGGCGUACAACCCUAUGUGCGGCCUGCACUGUUGGUAAUUUACGACGGUAACGGCGUACAAACCUAUGUGCGGUCUGCACUGUUGGUAAGAUACGACGGUAAC